AUGAUAGAUAGGAUUACUCUGGAAAACUUUAAAUCUUUUUAUGGGAAAUAAAAAAUUGGACCUUUACAUAAAUGCUUUACUGCUAUUGUAGGUCCAAAUGGCUCAGGUAAAUCAAAUUUGAUUGAAUCUCUACUUUUUGUAUUUGGAAAGAAGGCUAAGCAAAUGAGAUUCGAUAGACUAUAGUAACUUAUUCAUAGCAGCGGAAAGCACUAGAAUUUAGAAAAAGCUUCAGUGAAAAUAAAAUUUCAUGAUAUCUAUGAUGAUUAUGCUAUGAAAAAUACCUACAUUAUAGUUCCUGGAUCAAAUUUCAAGGUAUCACGGACAGUCUACAAGGAUGGUAGUUCUAAAUAUUUUAUCAACGGAAAUGAUUGUGAAUACGAAUAGAUGACAGAGCUACUUAAAUAAAAAGGAAUAGAUCUCAACCAUGACAGAUUCUUAAUAUUGCAGGGUGAAGUUGAGCAAAUAUCAUUAAUGCCACCCAAAGCCUAGAAAAAAGAUGAGGUGGGUUUGCUUGAAUACUUAGAAGAUAUAAUAGGAACCAUAAAGUACAUCAAAGAAAUUGAUGAAAUAGAAAAAUUAUAAUAAGAUGGGCAAGAAAAUAGAUAAAGCAAAAUGCUAGAUUUAUUCAGAACUAAUGAUUUACUUAAGAAAGUUUAAAAACAAAAAGAUACUGCUUUCAAAUUCUUGAACAUUGAAAGAGAGUUUUACUUACUUAAAAAUAUCGUUAUACAGAUAGAGAUAAGAGAGAAAUCUAAGGAAAUAUAAAAAUUAGGAGAUCAGUUAAAAACGUUAAAAAAUAAAUGUUAAAAAUAGAAGGAGGAAAAGAAAAAAAUUAAAUUAAACUAUCAAGAUGUUGUGAAGCUUGAACUUAAUAUCUUUGAGUCAAGUCUAUAAGAAAUGACUUAAAAUCUUAAAAAGGAAAGAGAGGAUAUAAUGUAGAUCUUGAUGCCCUUAUAAUUUCAGAGAUAAGAGAAGUAAACUAUACUUAGAGAUAGGCAAUCUGAAAUAUAUAUUAUCGAGAGUAAUCAAUUAAAACUUGAGUCUGAAUAUCAAAGAGAAUAAAGAGAAGUACUAUUUAAAUUGCUAGAGGCAUAAAAGAGAGGUAGACUAAGUGGAAUCUUGGGAAGGCUAGGAGACUUAGGAUCAAUUGAUAAGAUGUAUGAAGUUGCAAUAACUACAUCAUGUGGUAAGUUAGAUCAUAUUGUGGUUCUAAGAUUUGAUCAGGCUGAGGAAUGCAUGAGGUAUCUAAGGAAUAACAAAAUUGCUAAAGGCAAAUUUAUGCCUCUGGAUUAAAUAAAAGAUAUAACAAAUAGCAAAGAAGUUGUUAAUUAUAUUUGUCCCCCAAAAGCAAAAAGAUUAUAUGAUCUGAUAAAAGUCUAAAAUAAAGAUUUAAGAAAAGCAUUUUAUUCAGCCUUGAAAGAUACAUUGGUUACAUAAAAUUUUGAUGAUGCGAUUGAAAUUGCAUACUAAUAAAAUGAAAUACAUAAUAGAGUAGUUACACUUCAAGGAUAACUAAUAAAACAAUCAGGCAGCAUGAAUGGAGAUGGUAAUCCAAAAUAGGGAGGAAUGUCAUUAAAUGACUAACAAGCAUGUUAAUAUAAGGAGGAAGAUUCAAUAAAAAUUGAAAAUGAAAUAGAAGAACUCAAUGGGUAAAUCAGAGAAGCAAAGGAAUUAAAACCAUAACUUUAGAAUGAUUAUAAUAAACUUUAAAGUGAAAUAAGAUAAUCAGAUAUUUAAAUUGAAACUAACAUGAUCUAUUUAGAUCAGUUAAACUUGCACAAGUAAGAUCAAGAAAGAAGGCUUUAGCAACUAAAAGGUUAAUUAGAAUUUGUGGAUCUUCAGUAAUUUAUGAAAAUCUAGGAUAACUAAAAUCAAAUUUAAAUCUUUAAUGAUUAAUUAGAUGAGUUGAAAUACUAGAUUGAUUGA